CCAAGCGCUGGAGGGAUCUCGUGGGCCUUCCCGUAGGUGUGGUCCCGGGUGGCAGCGAGAGUGUGUGUGGGGGGGACCGGGCGACGGUGUCGGGGUGACUCAGAGGCCCCUGGCGCACACAACGUGCCGCGGGACGAGUGGCGUGGACCCCAGCUCCCAGCGCCCGGACGUUGGAGGGGGGGUCACAUCCGGCGGGAGGGGGCGGGCCUCGUGGACCCCGGAAGUGUGGGCUCCGGCUGCGAUUUAACCCGCGACGGCGUUGGCGGCGACGGCGGAGGCAGGGGGAAAGAUGGAGACCCUGAAAGACAAGACCCUGGAGGAGCUGGAGGAGAUGCAGAAUGACCCGGCGGCCAUCGACCGGCUGGCUCAAGACUUCCCUGAGGUCCAGGACCUGCAGCUGGAGCGGGAGAUGGCACUGGCCACCAACCGGAGCCUGGCCGAGCAGAACCUGGAGUUCCAGGGUCCCCUGGAGAUCAGCCGCUCGAACCUCUCAGACAAGUACCAGGAGCUCCGGAAGCUGGUGGAGCGGUGCCAGGAGCAGAAGGCGAAGCUGGAGAAAUUUUCUUCAGCACCACAGCUAGGGGCCUUGUUGGACCUUCUGAAGAUAGAAAGCAUGAAGAUUGAAGAAGAGUCUGAGGCCAUGGCUGAGAAGUUCCUGGAGGGCGAGGUGCCCUUGGACACGUUUCUGGAGAACUUCUCCUCCAUGAGGACGCUGUCCCAUCUGCGCCGGGUGCGCGUGGAGAAGCUCCAGGAUGCGAUGAGGAAGCCCAGGGCCUCCCUGGAGCUGGCUGGGGACGCCCCUCCUCCCCGCCCGCCUCCCCCAUCUCUCCCGGGCCCCCAGGCGACGCCGCCUGUCGCAGAAGAUCAGCAGCCACCAGCGGCGGUCCCUCCCUACCCGUUGCCCUACAGCCCCUCUCCAGGCUUGCCCGUGGGCCCCACCGCCCAGGGGGCGCUCCCGCCGGCCCCGUUCCCUGUGAUGUCCCAGCCCUCUUUUUCCUACAGUGGGCCUUUGGGUCCCCCGUACCCGUCGGCCCAGCCAGGACCCAGGGCUGCCGCGGGCUACUCCUGGUCCCCACAGAGGAGCACACCACCCCGGCCAGCCUAUCCCGUGGCCCCCGCUGGUGUCUCCGGCCCUGGGUACCCCGUGGUGGGGAGCCGGGCCCCCGGUCCUGGUUACCCUCAACAGCCCCCCUACCUCUCAACAGGAGGAAAACCUCCGUACCCAACGCAGCCCCAGCCCUCAGGCCCCCUUCAGUCGCCCUAUCCCCCUGGGCCUGCCCCUCCCUAUGGGUUUCCACUGCCUCAGGGUCCUGCCUGGCCUGGGUAUUAGGCACGGUCCUGGCCCUUGGCCCUUCCCUACUUCCACCUGUACCACAACCUUUGGCCCACCCCCUGCUGAGAUUCGAGGUUCAACUGGAAGUGGAGUUGGCUCCCCGUGGACUUGUGUCCUGCAUGGGGGCCUGGAGGGACCUGGCUGGGAGCACACAGGCCUGGCAAGUCACCAGGCAGUGUGGCUGGCUUGGCUGUGCCAGACGGUCCCGGUGCUUGCUGGCCUCCUGGGGGAAGGGCGCGCCUGCUUUCGGUGACUGGCUUUGGCUUUCCUGGUUCUCACCAGGCAGGGAGCUCGGUCCCCUCUGUGGGCGCCCGGUUGGGGUGCCCGGCUGCAUGCGUUUGUGGACAUCUUGUGGCUGCACUCACUCACGGACGUCUGAACCAAACGUGGAGUUAUCUCGGUGACGGGCUGGCUGGCUGGCCCCUGCUCACCCCCUCCCUCUCCUCUGGGAUUUGGCACGUUCGACCGUGGUACCCACGCUAAGGGAUGUAGCGCUCUGUGUCUCUUGGGUCCAUUCAAGGAUGGCCUGCCCCACGCACCAUGGCAGGGUUGGAUCAGGGGGAGAGAACAGAGUUAGGAAAAAUACUUAAUGAUUUUUAAGUCACGUAAAACCAUAAUUGAACUCUGAUAGGCUGAUGUCAGUUAAGCUUGUCCUGUGUGCUGGUUUGAACGACAGCAGCAGAGCCAGCGCAGUGAGCAGGCCGGGGGUUGUGGAGGCGGACCCCAGACCUUGCUCGCCCUGGUUGGAGGAUCCGGGGGCUGCCUUGGAGCCUCUGGCUGGAGGAGAGGGGGCAGUUCUGGCCCAGGAGACUGUGGCCACGUCGGGAGCGCAUUUAGGAGUGCAGGGCCGAGUCACCUCCCCAGCCGCCUCUCUUGUCUGGAGUGCCCUGCUU